AUGAUUUCUGAUGCGAAUUGUGUAAUGGCUUGUCGUGGAGCAUUUGCCAGCGGGGUAUUCGUCCCACCGAAACCAGGGCACAAAAAACAUCUAUUGGGCACGGAUUUAUGUACACGAGGACCGGGACAUUGGUGCCAAAAUCUGACUACUGCUGCUGACUGCCAUGCCACUAAACACUGCAUUCAGACCGUUUGGAUUCAUCAGACGUUGCCACCAGAUGGCAGCAGCGUCUGUCAAAUUUGUUUGGAUAUGGUAAAACAGGCGCGGGAUCAGCUGGAGAGUAAUGAAACACAGGAAUUGAUUAAAGAAGUUUUUGAAGGCUCCUGUGCCUUGCUUCAUGUCAAACACAUUGUAAAAGAAUGUGACAAAAUUGCCGACGAUUAUAUUCCCGAUUUGAUCGAUACUUUGGCAUCUCAAAUGAAUCCCCAAGUCGUCUGCUCUGUAGCUGGACUUUGCAACAACGAUAGAGUUAAAAAAUUACUAGAAGAAGCUGAUGAAGAACCAACACCUGAAGUAAUACCAGGUAAAGUAGAUAAAUGCAAAGGGUGUCACGAAGUGGUUGAUAUUUUGGACAACAAAUUUAACAAGAUGUCGAGGGAUGAAUUCCUGCAUGGACUCUUAAAUUUCUGUGGUAAAUUCAGCAGUUUUUCGGAUGGAUGCAGUAACCUCGUUAUCACUUAUUUCACCGAAAUAUACAACCACCUUCAACAACAUUUGAAUUCCGAGGAAGUUUGUCUCUUCUCUGGAGAAUGUAGUGCUCAGUUCCAUGCUCACAGAGCUAGAGUUGAAAUUACACCAAAUUCUCAUAUUGGCUACGUUCCCGUGGGAGAUGUUAAAGAUGACGUUCCAUGCCAACUUUGUGAACAAUUAGUCGACCAUCUCAGAAAUUUAUUGGUAGCUAAUACCACCGAAGAUGAAUUUAAACGAGUACUGGAAGGUCUCUGCAAACAAACUGGUAAAUUUUCAGAAGAAUGCGUUGAGCUUGUAGACCAAUAUUACGGCGAAGUAUACACAUACUUAGUAGAUCAUCUGAAUGCAACCGAAGUCUGUGACCAGAUUGGAAUUUGCAAAGUGACUAAGGAAAAGGAAGACCUUUACAUCGCACCUCUUUUGGAAAAUCAUAAUGCAGAAAAAGCGUUAGAGAUUUCUUCUGAAAGCAAACCGGAAAAAGUUGAUACAAGUGCAUUGUCCGAAGUUAACUUGGAACAACAAUUACCCAUUGAUCUUUUGAUGCCACCGCAUACUCAAGUUCUUUACAAUAAGGAACUCUGCGCAUUUUGUGAAUAUUUCUUACAUUAUGUCCAGAUCGCACUUACAGAUCCUAAAACUGAAAAUGAAAUUAAGUUAAUAAUAGAAAAAGCUUGCAAAGAACUACCAAUUUCAGUCAACGAUACUUGUAUCAGCUUUGUAGAUAUGUAUGAACCAGCUCUAGUUGCUCUGUUAGAUCAGGCCAUCGAUCCUUCUCAAGUAUGUCCCAUGAUAAGAGUUUGCCCUUCUUCGAAGAGUGGUGUCGAAGUGUUUAUGGAAGCUAAAAGCGAUUCCAAAUGUCCUUUGUGCCUUGUUGCUGUUACCAAGUUGGAAGAGAUGGUGUCUAAUAACAAGUCUGAGGCUCAAAUCAAGGCUGCGCUUGAAAAAUUGUGCAAGGUUCUUCCACAAACCAUCGACAACCAAUGCGAAACAUUUGUUGAGAAAUACACAGAUCAUAUCGUCGAAAUGUUACUCGCCGAUUUGACUCCUGAAGAAGUGUGUGUGGCAUUACAUCUAUGCACUGAUAAUAGACCAGCUAAUCCCUUACCACCAUAUGUAGUCAGGCAAAUAGGUGGUAAUAUUGAAACCAACGUUAUACCAGACAAUACUGUCAAUGGUCAAAUAGUCAUUAAGGAUAAGGUCCAUACUGGUUCUGUUGGAUCCAAACCAGAGUGUAUAUUAUGCGAAUUUGUGAUGAAGGAAAUAGAAGAUCAAUUGAAAGAUAAGUCGACUGAUGCUGAAAUUGAAACUGUAGUUAAAGGUAUUUGCAAGAUUAUGCCAUCAUCCGUAAAACAAGAUUGUAACAAGUUUGUUGAUCAAUAUGCAGACACUGUCAUUCAAUUAUUGAUUGCUGCUCUUGAACCAUCGAAAAUAUGUUCGUACAUAAAAUUGUGCGAAGGAUCACAAAUGGACAUGAUUAAAGUUCAAAUUUUGGAGUGUCCUGUUUGCGAAAUGGCCGUGGAAGUGAUGGAAAAGAUUUUGUCCAAUCCAAACAUAGAUCACGAGAUUACUCAUGUAAUUGAAAAAACUUGCAGAGGCCUUCCUGCUCAAUACAGAUCACAAUGUGUCAAAAUAGUAGACGCUUACGGUGAAGAAAUGAUCGACUUGAUCGUCCACCAGGGUGGUAAAACUGUGUGCCGAAAAGUGGGAUAUUGCAAAUCUUCACUUGGGGAAGUUGUGAUAGAUUAAAGUUAUAGAUACUUUAAUAAAUUAGUGUUACAUGUUAUGCAAGGUAAGAGUCUAAUAUCAAUUUAAAUGAUUGUAACGAUUUUCAAAAUAAAUAAUGCUAUGACUUUGGUAUCUCAAAUUACUUAUUAUCAAUGUUUCACUCGUAUAUAUCUUCGUUCCUCAUAAUUCUGUUUUAUGGAAUUGAAGUUUUGCUUUCUUCGACAUAAUUAUGCUGCUAUUAUCGUAGUUAGUGAUUCCACCGCUUCUCUCCUUUUCCAUAAUUUUUAGAGUGUGGAAAAUACUUAUGGAAUAAAAUUGUUUAUCGUUAUUUUAGAUAAUUAUAAAAAACGUUGAGUCCCGUUAACUUUUAAAUAUAAAUGUGCGCUUUUUAAAAAAAUAGAUACUCUGUAUAUUCUUAUGAUUUUAAAAGCUCCUUAACAACCUGAUCUUAACGAACUAUAUCAUGCAUGAUCUAUUAUGAAUAAUACAGGGCGCAGUUUUGAAAUUAUACAGUAUGGAAACCACUUAUGGAUUGUUUGUAUCCAUAUUUUAGAAAAUAAAAAAAAAUGAUACCCUUGUAAAUUUACUAUUUUAAAGUUAAAGUAAAGUUAACUUGUAAAUUCAAAUGUGCAGUUUUUAAAUAUAAAUUUAAUAUGUAUUUAUAAAUACAAUUUAUUGAUAUAUAUUAUAUUACGAUCAAAUUGUGUAAGAAAUCAAAACAUGAACAAAAUUCUUACUCUAAAAAAGCGGCAACACUUUAUACAAUUUUGCCACUCGCUGAACUGUCAGUAAAAUUUGAAGUAUUCCGGUAUCAGUUGCGUACAUUGUCUAAUCUAUUUAAUUAAAAUUAUUGUUUUGUGGAAUAUUAGACUUGGAAGAAUUAUUUCAUAAAAUUUAUAUUAAUAAUAAUAGCAAAUGUUUUUGGGUAUUUAAUCAAUAUAAUUCUAAAAUUUCCAAUAUAAUGAUGAUAACCCUUUUCUGAUUAUUACACCAUAUUGACGUCUAUGAAAGAUCGAGCAGUUCCGUAUGGGUCUCGUAUUAUUAGCUGUGUUAGGAACAUUUGAACUCUAAGGUUGACGUUCUGGAAAUUUUAAAUACAAGUGACGUCACUUUGUAUAAAUCGUGACGUGCAACUGUUUUACUUUGAAAAAUGGUAUACUUUAAAAAAUAACAAUUCAUGAUAAAUUACUAGUUUCAAAAUUUCACCUUGUAUUAUUAAUAAUAUACCCUACAUAAAAUAGUUCGUUGAGAUCUUUUUCAUAAGGAGCUUUUAAAAAUAUACAGGAUGUUUCAUUAAAAAUAAAUUUUUAAAUGAAUUUAAGUUUAAAGAGCACACAAUUAAAAUUAAUUUUUUUUUUAAUUUUUUAAAAUCGGAGACACAAAAAUGUGUAUGUCAUACUAGUUCUUUAUUGUUUUUAUGACUUAGAUACCAACUACAUACAUAAUAAGUACACUUUAAAAUAUUUGAUAACUUCUCAAUAACAUUUAUUAUUAAAGUUACAAGAAAAAUUGCCAGUUGUCUCUGAAGAAUUCACAAAAAACUGACAAUUUGGGAAGAUCCGGUGAUAAAUAGAUUUGACAUUUGAACUUUUUUAGUUUUCACAGCCGCAGAUGUUCAUUUAUGACCAUAUAUGACAUUAACGUACGGUCCUAAAGUUUUGAGAAACAUUUCAAAAGGAUAUAACUCAGACCACAAUAAUCUUAUAUUUUUAUUAAAUUAUUCAACAAUUUAAAUUAACUAUCCUUAUUAUAAAUCAAAAUUCAAAUGACAGACAAGGGACCAUUAUUUUCGAUUUGCCUAAUAAUUCCCCUGACACGUUGCAUCAUCCUAUGGACGACCUCGGCGUCAAUUUCUCUAAUUUUUGUAUAUAUGCGGCGUCUUAACUGUUCCUGAUUUUGUGCUUUUUAUCCGUUAUUAUAGACUUUCUGACUUAAUAUUGCCCAGAACUCUUCAAUUGCACGAGCCUGAGGUAGGUUGAGGGGAUUGUCUGCUUUCGGUACAAAGGUAAUGUUGUUAGUUUCGUACCAGUCCCUUGUGAUCCUCGCGUAAUUGUAUGAAGCAAGAUCUGGCCAAAGACUAUUUGAUCAUUUGCAUGAUGUGUGUUCACAAACUGAAGCAAUUUAGCGAGACAUCUUUGAACAUAAAUAUUUGCGUUUAAGGCUUCGUCUCAAACAACGCGAAUGUAGGGCUGUGAGAUAAAGCCAGCCUCAGAAAUUGCACACCAUACCAAAAUUUCCUCCUCAAACUUUUUCUUACUUUUGAAUUUUAUUUCAUCAGGUAGAUUUUCGUAAUCGUUGAUACUUGAUCAACAUCUCGGAAUUCUCUCUAAUCGAUCCUCUGUAUAUUUUGGAGCUUUCAUUCUUUUCAACAUGAAAUCUUCUGGCCAGUUUUCGCUGUGAGACCCCAAUUUUGUUCUUAGCUGCUUCAAUCAGUCUUGCCUCUCUUAUAUGGUUCAAAAUUCGCGGUCGGCCACUUUUACGCAAGUUAACACAUGGUAUACCUUCUUCAUAUUCUCUGAUUGUGCGAUAAAUUGUCGAUUUUCUUAUGUUUUGAUCUUGAUAAAUAUUAACAAUAUCUCGUUUCGACAUUCGCCCAACCAUAUUAUAAACACCUCGACGAAUAUCAAUUUCAAAAGACAUUUUGCAGAGAACAAACCAAAAUAUUUUUGUUUAAGAAAUGUCAAUAACUGAUGACAUUUCAAUUCCAUGGCCUUCUUUGUUAAAUGUAUUUUGCUUCUCAAUCAGAUCAGGUGAAAUUUUUCCCAAAACUUUAGGACCAUACGUUAUUAUCCUAACGACGGUAUUGCUUACUCUACUAUGAUACAUUUUCUGAAUUUUUAAAAAUAUUAAAAUUAUGAAUACGAUAAAAAGUAUGACAUAAAAUUUUGGAUUCACCGUGGGCAUUUAUAGAUGUAAUUUUUUCGUUGUUUCUUCUAAAAGUAGACUGCUUCGUAAGGCAUUUUAUUUUAUUCCUGGUGCUCCAUCUAGUUUUUUUACUUUUAAGGCUGAUUUAUAAACUUUACGUUGGCGCUGGCGUUCGUCGUUGCCCUUUGCUCUAGUUAUCAUAGACUGCAUUUAUAAACUUUCGGUUGGCGUUGGCGUUAAAGAUCACAUCUAAAUUUCUAAUAUUACAUUUUUGAUUUGGUAAUAUUAAUUUUUGCUUGAAAAUUAAUACAAUGGAAAAUGAAAAUGCUCGGCUUUUGUUAGAUGCAGUGGCACUUUGUAUUCGAGCAGCACUGAGCCUGCGAAAUAAAAGACAACAUCGAUACAAACGGAGGCCCAUUAACCAGAACAGAAAGGCAAGAGGUAAUUUUAAUUAUUAUAAAAAUAUGAAAAACUGGGAUACCCAGCAGUUUUUUAAAAAUAUCAGGAUGUAGGUUCCAGUAUCUGAAAAAUUACUGCAAAUGGUAAAACCAAAAAUAAAUGUAAACUAUCGCUCUGACGGAAUUUCUGUUCGAGAGGCUUGUUAUUAUCCAGACUCUUCCACUUCAUAAACACGUGGAAACACAAACAUAAACAAAUAAUUUAGUUUGAUUUGUUUGACAAACCUUGUCACUUUUUCGGUAUUGCUAUUGGCUGCGAUCACAAAGAUACAGUUUUUUUAUGUUCUGUGAUCAUAACUACAAUCACAGAAGGGUUGGUGUAUUCUGUGCUACAACGGCCAACGGCAAAAGAUAAAGUUGGUUCAUUUGAACGGAACCGAACGCCAACGGCGAACGAUAUUUAUAAAUAGACAUACGAGUUUCAUAUUUGACCAUGUUGUAACGCGAACGUCAGCGCCAACGCCAACGUUUAUAAAUCAGUCUUUAAGUAAAAUUUCAUAUAUUUGUUUAUAUAGAGUUCUUGUAUUGAUUUUAUUGGUUUCUGUAGAUGUUGUGUCUAAAACAAACAAAAAAAAUGUGUUAUAUGUAUACUUUCAAACUAACAGGGAUCACUUUAUUCUUAAAUGUGUGCAGUGUGUUGCUUAAUUCCAUGAUAUAUUUUAAAUAAUAGACAUACUCAUGGACUAUUGGUUCCUAGUAGCCUCUUCGCUCAUAGUCCGUUUUGCAUGUCCCGUUAAUUUUCAAUAUUUUCAGCCUUUUGAUUUUCAACUGUUCAAGCAUUACUUCUACUGUCUACUAUCACAAUGUCGUCGGCUAAUCUGGGACAGUUUAAAAAGCAACCAUCGAUGUUAAUUCUUUUUUCAUUGCGUUCUAGUUGUUUAACGUGCAAUGUAACGUUUUGAUACUUUUUAAUGAAUGAAUAUAUCUUGAAUCAACUAUUGUAUUUUUCAUGAAAUGUGUUGUUUCAAUAUGUUAUAAUUAAUUUUCUUUAAAUAAAAUACAUACUUAAAUUAUUAAAUACAUUUAAAUAUUAGGUAAGAAUUAUUUUUGGGAAAGAAAUAUGUUUUCUUACAACGAAACAAAAACGUAAUCUCUUUUAAUAAAAAGAAGUUUAUUUGCAACACAUAAUUAAUAAAUUUUUCUGUAGUUAAAUAAUGUCUUUUCUGUUUCAGGCAAAAUUAUUUUGUGUCAUAAAUUACCAAAGUAGAUUUAUUUGUAAACUUAAUCUUAAGUACUUUAAAAUAAAAAUAUGGAAAUAUGUAGUUAUUUAGGAAAUAUCUUUAGUAGACAGUUGUAUUACUUGGGAGAUUAUUUUGUUACUUGACUGGAUUCUGUGAUACCGCUGGAUAAUUUGGAAUCUAAUAAAAUUUCAUUUGU